UCUUCAAGAAAGGUUCAAAAAUUCCCUGUAAAAAACAAAAUAAAUAUAUUAAUUUUAAUAUUUUCAGAUUUAUAUUAAACUUGAAUAUUUCUUCGACAUAUACGGUAUUACAAGAUAUAAAAAUGAAGAUUGUUUGGAUUAUUUUCAUCAUCACAAUCUCUACGAGCAUGACCACCUGUAAAUCAUUGGAAGAGAAAAAAGCAAAAGAUGACGAACUGAAGAGGCAAAACUACUCAUUUAAUAUUGAAAACAGCACUCAAUUGAAAGCUUUGAAUCAUAUAUGUGAAAAACACCCAUGGUUAAAAAGCUGCAUAGUAGCUUGCAAUGAAACAAUACAAAUGGUGGCAACAGCAAGUGUAGAUAUCAAAAACAAGAACUGUGGCGAACUAACAGAUUUGACUCAGGAAGUUUUGGCAGCUGAAAAUGUAAAAGAAGAAGAUCAAAAUGAGCCUGUUACAAAAAAAAGAAGAAAACGUUCAAGCUCUAUUUACAAUCCCUGUACAGCUUCUUCACCAGCGUCAAGUGUAAUCGUUUAUGCUAAUGAUACUGAUGGUAAUGAAGUGGAAGUGUACCAGGACGUCAACAAUCAUCUCUACAAAACAUUCUAUCUGUUUGGAUGUAUAACACCAGCGUUAUCAACAACAGGAUAUGAAUGCAGAUUACAACACAUUAUGCACAAGGCUGCAGUUUUUCCACCCGACUCCUACACACUUGAAGUAAGAAAUAUAUGGAUUCCAGCCACAUGCGUGCUGAUGCGUUAGUAAACACUUCUCUACAAAUAUCAAGAGAGUGUUUACACAGAAGAAAACACAGAAGUAGAGUAGAC